CAUAUUCCUCCCCCGUCCCCUUCUCCCCGAGAGCGAAGGCAAAGCGAACACACAAACCCAAACCCGCCCACUUCUCCUCUCAAGGCUUCGUCUGCCACCGACGCGACCCAAAAACCCAAGCCCCCAACCCUAGCGCGAGGACUGAAAGAGGAGGAGGCGGCGGCAACCCCGUCGACCGGAGGGGAGAUGGUGUUCUUCGCGCUGCUCGUGGGGGCAGAGCUCGACGGCCUCACCAACCUGCAGCCCCGCGGCGGCUGCGACGACCCCAGCUACCCUUACUACUUCAAGCUGCGGUGCGAGAGCUGCGGGGAGACGAGCGCGAAGACCACCUGCGUCUCCCUCGACGAGGUCGUCCAACUGCCCACUGGCAAAGGCACCGCCAAUCUCCUCCAGAAGUGCAAGUUAUGUUCGAGGGAGGGAUCAGUUGUGAUGAUUCCUGGGCAGGGAACACCACUGACUGCUGAGCAGAGCCAGAAAGGAGAGAUGACUUGUUUGAUGGUCUUUGAAUGCAGAGGCUAUGAACCUAUUGAGUUCGCUUUUGGUAAUGGCUGGAAGGCUGAAUCUGUACAUGGGACACCAUUUGACAUUGAUCUUUCUGAAGGAGAGUUUGAUGAGUAUGAUGAGAAGGGAGAGUGCCCUGUCGCUCUAUCCAAGCUGCAGUCAACAUUCAAAGUGGUGAAGAAGCAGGGUUUUCAUGGGAAGACCAGAUAUGUCUAAGAUCCAGUUUCUCUUGGGCUCUUCAAACAUUGGAGUCAGAGAUGUAUAAAGCGCAUCUACAAAGUCGAAUCCUCAAUGUUGAUUUUGUAUUUGAACUAAGUUCGUGCCCAUGAUUCGGUGGUCGGUGGAUUUGCCAUGAAUUUGGUUAAGCUUGCAGUGAUGUGGCCUCCUGUUUGGAAAAAUUGAAUAUUCUGCCUAUCAGUGGUUUCAAACUUAGAUCUAUGGCUCUACCAUAUCAAUCAUAAAAUUAUGUGGCUGAA